CCAGCACACACACGUCACGUGACGGAGUGAGCCGGAGCGGAGCAGCAGCGCGAGCGCAGGAGAGCCGUUUUAAAAUAUCUGGAGUAAAGUAACGGCUCCGUCUCCAGACCGCAGCCGUUUGAACCGUGGCCCUGACUUUUUAGUGUCUUUUGCUUUUUUGUGAUUUUUUUUCCGUCGGAGUGGAAGAAUUUACUAAGAAAGUUCAACCGAGGCGCCGCCAUGGAGAUCGGGGAGUUCAGGCGGAGCGACGGGAAAGUCUUGGAGCCGGUUUUUUAAUGACUUUUUAAAGCCGGAGAAUAUAGAAAGCAGGAGAAACCGCGAGGAGACGCGCUCCGCUGCAGCUCGGCCGUCGCUCGGCCGUCGUCUGCUCUGCUGGCGGCUCGCUGAACUGAAUCUGGGAGAGCGAGGAGGAGACGAGGGAGAAGCGCUGGAGCUCGACUCCUCUUCGCCUCCCGCUCGCUUCCCCGAUGCUUGGCUGAUUUGCUGCAGGACACAGUGAAGGGAAUCGGGGGGACGUUGUGGAGGUGGGCUCCUGCUGGCUGCCCGAUGUUUUGCUGACCUGUUGGGGGGACAGAGGGACUAAUCCUGAGGAGAAGUGUUGGAGUUUGGCUCCCGAGUUUGAUUCAAAAGUUGAGGGGGCAAGAUGGCGGCCGAUUCCGUGCAGGGUGAUGCUCGAGCCCAUAUGGUGUCAGAUCGUCUGGGCCUGGGCCACAAUUUGGACUUGUCAGACACCAUGGUCCAGCAGAAGCUAGAUGAGAUCAAGGAUCAGAUUAAACGCGAGAUCCGUAAAGAGCUGAAGAUUAAGGAAGGAGCAGAGAACCUGCGGAAAGUCACCACAGACAAGAAGAGCCUGGCCUACGUGGACAACAUGCUAAAAAAGUCCAGCAAGAAGGUGGAGGAGCUGCACCAGGAGCUGCAGGAACUGAAUGCCCACAUUGUAGUGAAGGAUCCAGAAGAGCUUCUAGUUUCCGAGUGCCCUCUAACGCCAGACACCCCCAGCAGCGAGGCUCGGGCAUGCACCAACGGCAGCCGCCUGGCUGCACUGAAGAAACAGAAUGACAUCGAGCUCAAAGUCAAACAAGGAGCGGAGAACAUGAUACAGAUGUACUCCAACGGCUCGUACAAGGAUCGCAAGCUGCUUGCCAUGGCCCAGCAAAUGCUCCAGGACAGCAAGACAAAAAUAGAGUUCAUCAGGAUGCAGAUCCUUAAAGCUAGCCAGACCAAUGAGAUGACCUAUGACAAUAAUGAUGUGUCUACAAACAAGUCCAUUAUCAGUCCCCUGGACUUGCGGCUGGAGGAGCUGCGUCAUCACUUCAGGAUUGAAUCUGCUGUGGCAGAGGGAGCCAAGAAUGUGAUGAAGCUGCUGGGUUCAGGGAAGGUGACUGAGAAGAAAGCCCAUUCAGAGGCCCAGGCACGCUUUAAUGAAUCUAGCCAGAAGCUGGACCUGCUGAGGUUCUCCCUGGAGCAUAGGCUAAGCGAGCUGCCUAAGAACCAUCCAAAGGCCAGUGUAAUCUCAGAAGAGCUGGCCAUGGUUGCUUCUCCUCCUCAAAGCCCACGGCAAAGCAUCAUCUCCUCACAAAACCAGUACAGCACUGUGGCCAAACCUGCUGCUCUCACCGGGACGUUAGAGGUGAGACUCAUGGGCUGUCAGGAUCUGCUGGAAAAUGUUCCGGGCCGGUCUAAAGCAGCGUCUGUGUCCCUGCCUGGCUGGAGCCCCAGCGAAACACGCUCCUCCUUCAUGAGCCGAACAAACAAGAACCGACCGGGCAGCAGCAAAAACCUCUCCAAAGCAGACGAGCUGUCCAAUGAGAUCAGUGCUGUUUUGAAACUGGACAACACAGUUGUGGGACAAACUACCUGGAAGCCAGUUAGCAAUCAGUCCUGGGACCAGAAGUUCACGCUGGAGCUUGAUCGGUCUCGUGAGUUGGAGAUAUCUGUGUACUGGAGGGACUGGCGCUCUUUGUGUGCUGUGAAGUUCCUGCGGCUGGAGGACUUCCUGGACAACCAGCGCCAUGGCAUGUGCCUCUAUCUGGAGCCACAAGGAACGCUGUUUGCGGAGGUUACGUUUUUCAACCCAGUUAUCGAGAGGCGACCAAAACUACAAAGGCAGAAGAAAAUCUUCUCAAAACAGCAAGGCAAAACAUUUCUGCGCGCCCCUCAGAUGAACAUAAACAUUGCCACGUGGGGUCGUUUGGUAAGGAGAGCCAUCCCGUCCGUCAACAACUCCUUCAGUCCUCCCGUGGCAGAGUUGGGGUCAGCACUGAGCCCUGAACCAGGGCCACACCCAGACUCACCCUCUCUGUCCAGCGACCCGACUGUGACCAAAUUAGACUUUGACAAAGGAGCCACUCCUCCCUCGAACCGCCAUUCUAAUGCUGUGGAACUAGAAGUGGAGCCACCAUCGCAGAACAAAAUCCCUGAUGGAAAUGAAGUGCAGGAUGCAUUAGCUACCUUUGACUUCCUGAAUGACAGUCGGAACAGUACGGUGACCAAAUCAGACUAUGACAGUCUGGUAGAAGAUGAGAUUCAGCAGCCUGAUCUGGAGCUCACCAAUCUCCAGAAAACUGAAAUAAGGGAAGAGCCUGAGGUCCAGUUCAGUCUCAAAGACUUCAAGUGUGUUGCAGUUCUAGGUCGUGGACACUUUGGAAAGGUCUUACUAGCUGAAUACAAGAGCACUGGAGAAAUGUUUGCCAUCAAAGCUUUGAAAAAAGGGGAUAUUGUUGCUCGGGAUGAAGUCGACAGUCUUAUGUGUGAGAAGAGGAUCUUUGAGACGGUGAACAGUGUUCGGCACCCGUUUCUGGUGAACCUUUUUGCCUGCUUCCAGACCAAGGAGCAUGUGUGCUUUGUGAUGGAGUAUGCUGCUGGAGGUGAUCUCAUGAUGCAUAUCCAUGCCGAUGUGUUCUCAGAGCCACGGGCCGUCUUCUAUGCUGCCUGUGUAGUCUUGGGCCUGCAGUUUCUGCAUGAGCAUAAAAUAGUGUACAGGGACUUGAAGCUAGAUAACCUGUUGCUGGAUACUGAAGGAUAUGUAAAGAUUGCUGACUUUGGUCUCUGUAAAGAAGGAAUGGGUUUCAGAGAUCGCACUAGUACCUUCUGUGGCACUCCAGAGUUUCUGGCCCCUGAAGUUCUGACAGAAACCUCAUACACACGGGCGGUCGACUGGUGGGGUUUGGGCGUGCUCAUCUUUGAGAUGUUGGUUGGAGAGUCCCCAUUUCCAGGUGAUGAUGAAGAGGAGGUAUUCGAUAGUAUUGUGAAUGAUGAAGUUCGUUAUCCAAGAUUCCUCUCAACUGAGGCCAUAUCUAUAAUGAGACGGCUGUUGAGGAGAAAUCCAGAGCGGCGCCUCGGUGCAGGGGAGCGAGACGCUGAAGAAGUGAAGAAGCAUCCAUUUUUCAGAAACGUGGACUGGGGGGCGCUGCUGGCAAAGAAGAUUCAGCCUCCAUUCGUCCCAACCAUCAAAGGCCGCGAGGAUGUCAGUAACUUUGAUGAUGAGUUCACCUCAGAGGCGCCAAUCCUGACCCCACCCCGUGAGCCCAGGGUUCUGACGGCCAGUGAACAAGAGUUUUUCACAGACUUUGACUACAUAGCUGACUGGUGUUAGUCCUUCCACCACAGCCCUUGCCCAUACAUGUUCAAUACUGUGAACCAAACUAAACAACCACAACACUCACUGCCAGUGCAAGCAACUUUCACCUUGAGGACUUACUACAAAACAAAAUGUGCUUUUCCUCUCUCUGCUCUAACCUGUGCCAUGGAAGGGACUGGCAUUGUUGUUUCUUCUCAGCUAAAAAUGAUCAUGUAAAACCAACUCUAAUUCGGACAAAAAUAGUCAGCGAAGCCCACUGUGGCUUGUUUUUUGUCGGAGCACUGGGAGCUUUGGUAAGUGGACUCUACUUUUACAAGCUCACCUCUUGAACAGGUUUGAUGAAGUCUUCUCCCUUCGUUGUUGCUGGCUUCUCAGAGAAGAAUGCGGUUUGUCUCCUUUUCCACUUGUUUUCAAGCCUAAAAUGUGCUUAUUAUCAGAAACACACAAGAAGAACUAAAUUAUAGUUUCUUCAGACUAUACAAGAGGUGGCUUUUGCUUGAAGCUCAGACAAUCCCCCCACAAAUUGUCCCACUUAAGAACACUAUCUCUUGAUCCGUGUAUUUAUUUAGUGUUUUCUCCCCAUGAUGCCUUAAGUUCUUAAUAGAUAACGGGCUUCCAGACAAGAACUGUCAGGUACUGAAAACCUACCAAAAUAGCCUGCCAAACUGGCUUUCUCGUAUCCUUUCAUUGGAUUUGAAGAGUCCUGGCCAAGAACGUACAGUCGGAUGAACUUGAACUUUAGAGGCAGACAAAAGAUGAAAGAAAAUUGCUUUUAAUUUUUCAUCUUUGGUGGUUUUCAGACUUUUAAUUUCUGCUUAAACAUGUACUCCUAUCAUUGAAAACAAAAUGUAAGUUAUAGUUUUAUACUAUAUUUUUAGGAUAUUAGCAUCUUGGAUCUGCUGUAUGGUAUGCAUAUGUUGUGUGAUUUGUUUUUUUUUUUUUUUUUUUUUUUUUUUUAAAUAUAUGAAUUGUAUGGUAAUCAUUAAGGAGAGGGCAGCUCAAACUUGAGAGCAAUCAUCAACUUCUCAAAUGGAAUGUAAAAAUGUAUAUUCAUAAAAACAAAAAUGUAUAUUUUUUGGCACGUGGAUAUGCCAAAGCAGGCUGUAUUUUUAAUAGUCAUUUUUUUAAAAGGUGUUCGUAGCGUGACUCUUCCAGAAUCUUGUCGGUCUGAGACAGUUUCACACAGUUAAGCCAUUUUGUGGGUCUGUGUGCCAACAGCAAGCAAAAUUGGGAAGUUUGACAUUUGGGAAUUGGUGGCACAGUCUGCAUUCCUAAUGCUUUGACAUGGAUGUAUCCCAUGGAAAAAUCCAGCUCUUCCCUGGACUCUCACCCACCCCAGCAGAAGGAGCUCUUAUGGACUCUUGCCAACAACUUCACUCAGUGUAUCACCAAACUUCUUUCAAAUACACUCUGUACACACAGUGCGGUCUGGUCUGUCUCUCUUUUCCUCCUGUUGAGGGCUUCACAGGGGAAUGUAUGCACCAAAUAAACCAAUGCAGGCCGCU